AUGCCAGGCCCUCGACAAGGAAAUCGCAGAGCAGACCGAGACAACGAUUUCACAAAACCAAAACCUCAAAAACGCACCCCCAAACCCUCAAAACAGCCCGAUCGCAAACCAACCGCACCAGUCCAACAACAAGAUCCAAUUCCUGACGAAGACACCGGCCCAAUUGACCUUUCGUCCCAAAUUCCGCUCUCCCUCCAACAACUCCUCCUAGAUGUCUUCAAGACCGCCCUCCUCACAGAACAAUCUCAGUCGAUUCCCGGAGUCGACGGCCCCGCCGAGUCUGGAACCGAAACCGAAACCCCACCCCUGGACAUUAAGUCUUUGAUCCAAACUAUCAAGUCUCAUCUUUAUCAGAGAGAUUUUGAUUCUGCAUUCACGGAUGCCGGCGAGGAUAACCUGCGCGCUUAUGCGUUGCGCUGGAGUGCUUCGCGGGCAUUAGGGUAUGCGGGGCUCUUUAAAGGCGUGCUGGGUUGGAUGCGCGGACAUGGCCCUGCAGAUGCGGAUAUGAAACCCAUUUGUAAGCUAGGUGAACUAUCCAAUGUACGCACUGUGUGUCUUGGUGGUGGUGCUGGGGCGGAACUCGUUGCUCUAGCUGCAGCAUGGAGAGAUAUGGAUUUUGGAAUUCCAGUUGACUCGCUUGCUCAGCGUGCUGCUGAUAUAUCGCUAGAGCCCCAGAGCGAGGAAACACAACCAAAGAGUACCAGUGCAUCUGAUAGGAAGACAGUAUCAUUUGUAAACUCAAAGACCCUUUCCAUUUCUGCUGUUGAUAUCGCAGAUUGGUCAAGUGUUGUGGACAGGUUAUCGAAGACUAUCGUUUCGUCUAAUGUGCCUUUCCCGUCUACAUCGAGACAUAAGCCGCCUCUUAUAGCGCAUAAAGAGGAUUUGGACAUCUCUUUCCGCAGAGAAGAUCUUUUGGAGAUCUCUGAAGAUGCGUUGAAGAAUGUUCUUCUAGGUGAUGACCCUGGUUCAUCUGCUUUGCUCGUUACGCUUAUGUUCACACUCAACGAGCUCUUCUCUACUUCCAUGUCUAAGACUACGGGAUUCCUGCUUCGAUUAACGGAGAUUUUGCCCCGUGGAUCUGUACUGCUUGUUGUGGAUAGCCCGGGUAGCUACUCGUCGCUGAAACUUAAGGGAAAGGUUGAUGGCGAGGUGCAGGAGAAGAAUUAUCCGAUGAAGUUUCUUUUGGAUCAUACGUUUAGUUCUGUUGCGAAGGGGAAGUGGGAGCGGGUUUUUACGCAGGAUUCGAAGUGGUGGAGGCGUGAGGCGGCGCGGUUGAGAUAUGAGGUUGGUGAAGGUGCUGGGCUGGAGGAUAUGCGAUUUCAGGUGCAUAUUUACCAGCGUUUAUAG